CUCUCUCUCUCUCUCUCUCUCUCUCUCUCUCUCUCUCUCUCUCUCUCUCUCUCUCUCUCUCUAACGCCUCCUCCUUCGCCCACAGGCGUGACCGCCCACCGACACGAAGGGCGGCUCGAAAGGUCGUCAGGCCCCGCCCCUCACCGCCGCCGUGACCUCACCAUGAUGACGACCAGGGGCGCCAACCCUCCCGAAGUGACGCCUCUGUUGCGCCAAAACAACAGUGAGAUCGUCGCGCAGGUUGGCAGCACUGCGAACUUCAGGUGUUACACGCAGACCAUCGGAGACGAGAUCGUCUCCUGGCUGAAGAAGGACGAGGAUCACCUUUUAACAGCUGGAGGCCAAGUGUAUUCCUCGGAGAGCAAGUAUUCCGUUUCCCAUGCAAGGCAUCUCAAGUUAUGGGAGCUGUCAGUGAGAGACGUGCGGUUUUCCGACGCAGGUUUGUAUGAGUGUCAGCUGACUACGCACCCGCCUACGUCCACUUUCUUCACGCUCAAGGUGGUUGAGGCUCGCGCCAUGAUCCAGGGCGAGCCCGACCUGCACGUGCACACGGGCGUGCGUCUGCGACUGCACUGCACGGUGGAACACGCCACGGAGCCGCCCGUGUACAUCUUCUGGUUCCACAACGGCAGCAUGAUCAACUACACCCCCCGGCGCCGCUUCAAGGUCAUGGAGCACAACUUCGGAAGUUCGCUCGUCAUCACCAACGUCACCUGGGAGGACGCCGGGGACUACCGCUGCGAGCCGUACCUGGCCAUCCCCACCAACGUCACGCUGCACGUCGUCGCAGGAGAGAAACACGCCGCCUUGCACAACGGCCAGAACGAUGACGUCAUCGGCGAGGAGGGCGUGGCCGGCCGAGGCUCCGCCCACGUCUCCGGCGACCUGCUCCUGUGCGCCUCCUUCGCCGCCCUCGCCUGCUGGCACGCGCUUAUCUGGCCGCCCAGACGAGCUCUUAUCGCGUUCAGAUAA